GCAUGGGACUGCUACAAAGGUCGUAAGUGUGAAAAACGGUCAUAAGUCACUUUAUUCAGUGUCAUUGUAACUUUCAAGGGUUACUAAAUGAACUGUUGUACGUUGAGGACUUCCUGUACUAUGUGUACUUAAUCCUGCUUCCAAUAUUUUUCCUCAACCUUCCUUUGAAAUUUCUCUAAUCCCUACACAACCCACUCUGAAGCCCAUCCUUCAGAAAUGCAGUCAUAACGAUAACUACGUUUGUUCCUGUUUGGGGCAUUAUAUCAAAGUUAGAUAUUUUUAUAAACUCAAAGAGGAUACAAGGACAGAAUUUAAAAUAUGAAUAUAAAUAAAUGAGAAUUUUCCCGUUGGAGGAAGAAAAAGGAUAUCUAUGUGAAACAAUAGACGUUUUGGAAGUAAACCUGCAAACCUGAAAAAAAAAAAUAAGAAUUUGUUCUGUUUCUAGGAUGCCUGUGGUUUAAUAUUUCACUAUAACUGAAGGAUAAGUUAUGAAGCUGGUUACUUUGAACCUGCUGUUUAUUUCUUGUUUUUUGUUCCUAGUUUAUGAUAUUUGGAAAUUUAAAAUGGAACAUAUUUGAGACCAGCAAGGCCAUUCUUGAAGAAAGAAGAACUGUCUCUAUUUGUUAGGGCAGUGAAUGCUUCAACAUUUACUUAGAAGAUAUUUAAGUACAGCAUCUCUCUCCUCAUCACUAUAAAUCUGUAAUGUUUUUCUCUUUGAGCCUGAAGUCACAUUAUCAGUACAGGUGGUCCUCAACCUGAGACUGCGAUUGAGCCCUGAAUUACAGUCGUACAUUGUUGCAGUUAAAAAGUCAAAGCAUCAUGUGACUGGACCUAAUUUUUUGAACAUUUUUACAGUAGUUGUUAAGCGAACGCUGUAGUCAUUAAGCGAAUGCUGAAGUCAUUAAGUGAACGCUGAAGGCUCAAAAUAACGCUUUGCAACAUGGCCGCCGGGGAGGUCAUGCCUGAAGUCUGUGUGAGUAUGGAGAGGAAAUAUCCCAGAGUUGUGUGUGCUGCAUUGUGGAGAUUUUCAAGAAAAGAUUGGACAGUCAUUUGUCUGAGAUGGCAGAGGCCAAAAGCCACCAAAGGAGUCAGCCACCGGGCCAUCCAGACACUCCUAAACCCAGUGAAAGGACCAACAGCUGCUUGGGGUCAUGGCUGUACGACGGUUUUUUAGAAACAUCUGGAAAAGAUGUUCAGCGCUCUUCUGCUGCACGAAGAGCGACGUAGAGGACCUUCCUGAGCCUCCUGACAGGACUGACGAGGGACAGAAGCGGCAUGACCAGAAGGGAGAAUGGCAGACACAUCUUUGUGUGUCUGAUGGACACAGGUCUUCCUCCCAAGGGGUUUUGAUGGGUGUUCGUGCCACCGCCCGGAUCCCCAGGAAGGAAGAGGUGGCGCCAGUUCUUAUUUCAAUGAGAAAUGAGAACAUGGCGAAAUGGAGGCCGCGGCUCUUAACUAUCUCGGAGACCUGCACUGAGUCGGAUCCUUUGGAAGAAUGCCAACCAAGGGACGACGUGCAGGAGGAAAGCAGUGCCUGCUUAUCAAGAGAGAAAAAGCAAGAGCACUGGAGGCCGCGACUCCCCCCCAUUUUGGAGACCUGCGUUGAGUCGGACGAAGAAGACCAGCCGGCAGAAGAGGAGCUCUCUCCUACUGAGGAGAAGACGCAGACCUCGGAGGAUUCGAUGGAAGUGCAGGUGGGCUCCGGGAUCAACAGCCUGGAGGAUUUCGACUCCAUUUCUGCCCUCUUGGAUGAGGUGUCUGAGGGAAGCUGGGAGCAGGCUGCAGAGGCUUUGGAGGCCAGCCUUUCGUCCAGUCCGUGGGAUUCUCCUGAAGAAGGGGAAGGCACGCUGGAGAAUCUCAGCAGCCUGGAGGAAGACUCCCUGGACUUCAGUCUCUAAUUAAAAGAGAUGCUUCCCCAGAUGCCUCUCCAGUUGGCAGAUCGGAGAAGGAUGAACCAGUCCCAGGCACAUCAGGAGACGGACGGCGAUGGACGGCGGAAUCCGACCCAGCAGCGAAGACCAGCGAUGAGCCACUUUCCCCCAAGGAACUUUCUGCGUCUUGUUAUUGUUGUUGUUUUUGUAAUUGUUCUUUUUGUUGUACUUGCUCUUGUUGUUCUAGUUAUUGUUUGGAGAAUAAAAGUAAAAAAGAUUUUAUAUAUACUAAUUUAGCUUAGGCCUAUUUUCAUUACACUUUUGUUAGGAAUAGGGUAAACUUUUCAUUAAAUGUAAAUUUCAGCAAAA